GUGACUAACAACCUGAGAUCAGAUCCCACCUAUAAGUUCAGCCCCUGCUAACAUCUCGCCCCGGACGUCCUCUUGUGACUAAGUAGUUCCUUCACUCGUCAGCUCAACUGCCGAAACAAUACCAACCCCCAUUCACCACCGAACAAACUCACGGAGCGGGGCUCCAUAAUCACCCAUGAGCACAUCACGUACACCACAGCUGCUGUCUAGGCAUACAAAUGGCGCCACAAGCCGCCAGUCCGUCAGCGAUGCGGCAAAAGCUCCUAAGACGAAACCGCCGCAGCAGGGUGAGAAAGUCGUGAUCCGCCGCUUGCCGCCAGGCAUGACUGAAGAGGAAUUCCUUACGAUCCUGGGCGACGACUGGAGAUUGGGAAAUGGAAAAGUUGACUGGUUUUCCUACCGGCAGGGGAAGGUCUCAAAACAUGCGUCAAAACCAUCAGCGCCCUCACGGGCUUAUCUGCAUGUUGUCCAGAGAGACCUGUUGUCCGCGCUCGUCCAGGUGCUGCAAUUGGCAAAAUGGGAGGACGCCAGAGAGACGUACAACGAUCCGGUCCUGGUUUCACCACCUACGGUCGAGUUCGCGCUCUUCAAGAAGAUCCCUAGCGACAAGAAACGUGUUGACGGGAGGCAAGGCACGAUCGACCAAGAUCCGGAGUUUAUGGCAUUCCUUGAGGCGCUAGCGAAUCCCGACGCACACAAGGAGGCGCCAGAAGCUGAUCAGGCCGCGCAAGAGGGUAACAAGGCCGACAAAACCACGACAACGCCGUUAGUGGCAUAUAUCAAGGAAAAGAAAGCGGCUAAAGCCAAAGAGACGGCUGCUGGGAAGCAUGCCAAACAUGCGCGGCAGGAUUCACAGGGGGCCAAGGGCAAGGCCACCCCGGCGCCGCCCGAGGAACCUAAAAAGAAGUCCAAGGAUGGAAAGAACGAGAAGGAGAAAGGCCCAGAAAAGGCACCUGACAGGGCCGCUGAGAAGCCAAGGGAGUCUGUCAAGGUCCUCACCAAGAAGGCCGCCGCUGCGGCGGCAGCCGCUGCCGAUGCCGCAAAGGCUGUUGUGGCCCAGAUGCAGCCGAAUACCCAGUCCGCAACACACGAGCCGCUACCCAAGAGCCGCAAGGCUGGGAUAGCAGCUGCAGCCAAGAUCUUGCAACGCGAUUUGGGCCUAAGUCCGGGCAACGCUCAUCGCAAGGCCCGUCAGGAUGCGGCCAAGGCGGAGGCGGAGGCGAAGGCUACCGCUGCGAAGGACAACAAGCAGCAAGCCACACCACCCCAGGCUGAGGUUGCACCUGCUCGCAGCCCUAUCGAAGCCUCGCAGGCGUCUGCUCCGGCCAAGUCGCAAUCACCCGCUCCUAGCAAAUCUCGGAAUCGGAAACGCGGCGAGGAUAGCGGUAAGGCCAAAGCAGACGCUAAGGGUGAAGGCGCCAAAGGUGAGAAGGCCCUCGAGCCGCCAACAACAGCGCCGGCAAAAGCGCCCAUUGCAAUGUUGAAGAAGAAGGACGGUCAGCAAGGGGCCGCGUCACAAUCCCAGCCCACAGCGGGUCCAUCCGCGACAGCUCCUUCGCCGGCUCCACCCUCAGGGCCCAAGGCGACGUCGCAGAAGCAAGGUGGAAGUUCCAAGAAAGCGAACCCAAACGCGACACCCAGCCCGGGUGCGACGCGAGCUUUCAUUAAACAUGCCAACCACUCCCAGGGCGUCACCGAGACGCUCCUCAAGGAGGCCCUGCAGGCGUUCGGAACCGUAACGAGCGUCGAGAUCGACCGCAAGAAGGGGUUCGCCUAUGUCGACUUUGCCGAUCACAACGGCCUCGUCAAGGCCAUGGCUGCCAGCCCGGUGACGGUUGCCCAGGCCACAGUGCAGAUCCUCGAACGGAAAGAGAUGGGCAAAAAGGCCUCGAAUUCGGGAGCGGCAGCGGGACAGGCGAAGAACGCUGCAGCGGCUACCCCGUCGGGUCCUGCUCAAGCCCCCGCGCCGGCGCCGGCCCCGGCUCAGAAGCCUGCUCCCGCAAAGCAGACUGCUGCGCCGCCAUCGUCGGCCCCGGCUUCGACUCCCUCUGGUCCAUCUGAGAAGCCGGCUGGUGAGCAGCAGAGCAAACGGGGUGGCAGGAGAAGGGGUGGGCGGGGCAGAGGGGAUAAAGAGAGCAAGGAAUCCAAGGAGCCUGCCGCGAAGGACGGGGCCGCGAAGAAACAGGAUGGAGGCGGCCCUUCGGCACCCGCAGCCCAUGCUGGUUGAGCGUCGGCGAGGCCGCCGCAAGGGAUCUUGAAACGGGGAGGAUGGUAGGGGAGAUCAGGGCGGAAUAUCUAGGGUACCCAGUGGCGGCGGGCAGAUCGGGUCUUCUGUAGGAACGGACACCAAGUGAUCAGCGGAGACCUCAGGCCGCUCUCUCUUCCAUAGCCGUAGAGUCCAACAUCUAUUUAAAUACGCAUAACUACCCUUAAUAUUUCCCAAGUAGGUCGUCUUCGAGUUCUUGUAGUUAUCGUCUUGCGCAUUCCUGACCGUCCUGGGAUAACUGAAAUCUGCGUACAACGCUGAAGGGAUCAAGAAUGUUUGGAGCCAUGGGGCAAUUGGGAAGAAGACACAGAUGGGACACCAGACAUGAGCGCGAAUCUGUUAUUAAUCUGCAUUCCACUUUUGUCAAAGGCUCAUUCGGGUAACUAGAGCCUUACCACAAAGUGCCAGAUACAUACUAGCAACUGUCCAGCAG